GACCGCGUGUCAUCAGUGGCGCUUCAUCGUCGUUGUCGUUGUUACUAUAUGUUACCAUAAGACAGUAUCAGCAUUAUUAUAAUAAUAUUUACCUUUAUUAUAUAAGUAAUAAAUUGUAUUAUGUCGUACAAUAUCGUACUGUAUUCGUGUGAAAAUAACAAACUAUAAAGAACUGUUAUUAUAAUCAUAAUAAUAUAUUACAAUAUUAUUGUAUCGCGUGUGUGACUGUCAUCAUGGACCAAGACGAACCGUGUUUGGCGCCACAACUGUGCAUCCGUUGCCGGUCGUACGACCUCGGCCGACAUGUCGCGGUCGUGUCCAACGCAGACCCGUGCACGUGCACAGACGACGAGACGUGUCCGCACAAUAAGAAGACCACCGCGCUGCAGCUGCUAAUCCUCAAAAAAAAAAAGAUAAGUUUGCAGCAUCAGCAAGCAUCGUCGACAAUGAAUGAAGCAGACAAGACGAUUGGCCGUGGUGUGGAAUCGGACGAAGAUGAUGAUGACGAUUGCUCCUCUUCGUCGUCGAGUAGCACUACGUCCUGUUCGUCCUGCAGCAGUGGUGAUACUACUACGUCAGAAUCUGAAUAAAAGGAUUUGAUUACCUACACUUUUGCGGACUCAUCGCAAUAACACGAUUUUUUUGUAACACUUUGCUUCUCUUUUUACUGUUGUGACUACCCCUGCUUCUAUUGCUGCUGCUACUGUUGUCGCUACUGUUGCCGCUGCUGCUGCUACUGCUACUGCUGCUGCUGCUGCUGCUGCUGCUGUUGCUGCUGCUGCUACUACUACUG